AUGGCAGCCAUGUCCUUUAACCCCCAGACACCCCAGAGCCCUUCCCAGUUGUCUCCUAGUGUGACGGAUCAGGGACCGAGCAUGAAUACCUCGAUGACUUCCAUCGCGACUUCGCUGCCUACACCAGCGCAUAGCGUGAAUGGCUCACACCUACUACUUGACAAUUCUCACGACACAAGUAUGAUGGACGUGUCUUCGAACAAACGAAAAUACUCGUUCGAUGAGAUCGGUACCCAUGAACGCAAAAAGGUUCAUGUAGAAGACCCACGCAUAAUUGGCAUCCAAGACCUACACUUGGAUGUUGGCGAAAAAUAUCUUCUCUGCAGAACCCCCCACUCUAUUUCUUCGCCGCGCAUGUCAGAAGAUUUGUUCGACAAGUUUGGUUUGACAGGCAUUGCCGCCGAAGUUGCUCGUACGAAGCCAAACGGGGAGAAGAAUGCGCUACGAAAGACGUACAAGGGCCAGAUCAAGACAUUGGGCCUCAGUGGUCAUUUCGACGUUGUCAAGAAAGAGCCAUCAGCCUUCAUGGAUUUGUUAAUGAUUGCCGAGGAGGACUGGCAAAAUCGCGUCGUAUCUGGGAGGGAUAUUGAGAAGGGGUUCACACCGACCCAUCAGUCCAAUUUAACCAAAGCGACGACACUAGCAAAGGGACAGAUACCCAAGGGGCUGUGGGAUAGUUCAGUUCUGGGCGAUUUGGCACCUGGGCAUGCCUCGAAAAAGACAAGUUCUGACCAGGUUUCACGAGCCACAGCUCCAAAUACGCCCUCAUUAUCUGCUACAGGCGUUACUCAGAAGUCCAAUAAGUCCUUGGCACCCCAAUUGGACCGUGCCCGUCGACUGGGCAAGAAGAGAAGCUACCAGGACAGCAGUUUCGAGGGAUAUGGUGAAGGUUAUGAUGAUGACACCGGUGGAUAUUCUACGGGCGACGGUGAUGACCGGUCGUCCAAGCUGAAGAGGAGAAAACAGGUGCAUUCGUCAGAUCAUCCGUCUUCUAGAAACCUCUUGGCUGAUCGGUUAUGA